AUGGCACAAACGGGACUUAUCAUUUUUCUGCUCAUUACCAUACUACUGCUGGAUCAGACGACUGGCCAGCCCUCCAGAUUCAAAACCAGAAAGCACAGUAAACGUCGAGUGAAAGAAAAGGAUGAUCUGAAGACUCAGAUUGACAAGCUGUGGCGAGAAGUAAAUUCCCUGAAAGAAAUGCAAGCACUUCAGACAGUCUGUCUUCGUGGAACGAAGGUUCAUAAGAAGUGCUACCUCGUGUCAGAAGGUGCUAAGCAUUUCCACGAAGCCAAUGAAGACUGCAUAUCCAAAGGAGGGACGCUGGCUAUCCCCAGAGAUAAUGAGGAAACCAAUGUUCUUCGAGACUAUGGCAAGAAAGGCCUUCUAGGGGUGUCGGAGUUCUGGUUGGGUGUCACUGACAUGGUAAAUGAAGGAAAAUUUGUUGAUGUCAAUGGUAUGGCUUUACACUAUUUCAACUGGGACCGCUCUCAACCCAAUGGUGGGAAGCGUAAAAACUGUGUCUUGUUUUCCCAGCCCUCUCAAGGCAAGUGGGUAGGUGAAGUGUGUCGUACUGCCAAAAGAUACAUUUGUGAAUUUCUGAUCCCAUAACUUCAUUCAGAGCUGGCCGUGCCAGCUUAUUUAGUCAUUAAUAUGCAGUUUUGCCUGGCACUGACCUUCCCACUUAGACAGUGGUGAACUGAAAAUAUUUGUUGAAAUUCCUCACCAUAUACACACCUCUUUCACAGGCAGGAAUUUUCUCUAUUAAUUUAUUUUCCAUUCUCUUGCUACAAAAUGUCACGUUUAGUGAGUUCUUUCACCACCUAAUUUUAGCAUAUGCCGUGUAGUGAAUAUACCUAACACUGUUUUAAGCUGUAUUGCAUUAUAGUAUCAUAGUUUGAUGUUCGUUGUUACUAGUGCCUUGAAGGGAAAAUUCAUCUCAGACCUGCACUUCAUAUGUCUAUAAAUGAGUGUUUGCUUCAGCACUCUGGUCAAUAUUAAUGAAAGUGGCAUGCACAGAACACCCCAUAGGGUGAAAUUUGCCAACCUAUAAGGUCUCACAAUCAACUCACAAUCAACUGAAGUCCCACAAUUUAAGUAGAUUUUUUAACAAUGUGAAUUUCUGCAUAGGGUGAAUUUCACCAUAACCAAUCCAACCAAGAGUUCAAAGAUUUUGACCUAAAGGGAAAAAAACAAACAAAUCUGAAGGCGGUAUAAAAAAGUAUGGAGUUGUAAGUGGUAUAUUCCUGAAAGAAAUAUUCACAGUAAAUAUUCUGAAACAUCAGCCAGUCUAGAAAUGUUUGGUUCCGGUCCUAAUAGUUCGAUUAUUAUUAAAUGUAAUAUGUACCAUUUGGAACAUUCUUCUACCCAUUUUGAAGUGUCAAAUGAGGGCUAGGCCAUGCCCUUUAACCUACAAUAUGGGGCACACAGAAGCACCUUGGAGGAACAGACAGAGGUAUCAUACUUCAGAGAGAAACAUUACUUCUCCCAGGUUGAUGGGAUAUAUAGUGGGCAACAUACUCCCUUAGGCUGUAAACAGAUAUCUCAUUUGACCCAGGUUGACUGUCCCAGGAUUUGAUCCGAAUUAAAAUUGCUGCAGCCUAGUCCUGCACACACGCUGCCCUUGCUGUUCCUUUGUCGGUAAGUGACCAGAGAGAACUCACAGUCUGACAGGGUCGUUCCUAUAAUAAACUGCAAUAACCAUACAGGCAUACAACAAUAUUCUGGGAAAAUGUACUGGUGGAUUUUAUCCGACAUACUUGAGAAGGAUUUGAAGUGGGUUGGUGGACAUGUACAAGCCUGGAACAAAAGACUUUCUUCCAGGACAAAUGUGACAUCCGUUUGUAGCCACCUUCACUCGCUGGUAUAAGGGGUGAUCUGACCCGUGUCUUCCUUAUGCCUUCCCACUCCUCUCCCAACUACUUCCCCUAAGACCUACAUCAGAGGGUUCCCCCUGCUUCCCUAUAAGCCUCAUUAGCCAGGGGGUGCUCUAACCCUCUUUAAAUACUAUAUUUCAAGUUGGGACUCUUUAAGAAUAAGUAGAUAUCUUCAUGGGUAAAAAUCAGAAUAGCUCCACUACAGUCAAGGGAGCUUCACUGAAUUACAGAAGAAGAAAUAUCACUUCUGUUUUUUGCUGUUCUUAAUCUUCCAAAAAAACCCUAUAAACUACAGAAAUGAAGUUAUAGGAAAAAUGGCAGCCAAAUGCUUUACUUGGCAUCAGCUGAAUAUCACUUUAUUUUAGUAUUAUGUUAAGGGUAAUUUGUCAGAUUUGCAUUAUAGGACUAGCAUUAAUUAUUUAAAUGUACUGCUGCUUGG